AUGGAUUCAGCAGAAGUCCAAGUCAGGACUGCUGUGACUCAACAGGGCAUUCUCCUUGACCAGCAUGCUACCCAAGAAACUGUUACCUCUAGAGACGUUGACCUUCUGACAACCCAGGUUGCUGAGCUCAGUGUCAGGCUGCAGGAGCUCCAGCUGGCCCAGAACCCCACACCAACAGUCCCCCCCACCUAUGACGGGGAUCCUAAUUCGUGUCGGGCCUUCCUGUCCCAGUGUUUCUUGGUCUUUGCACUCCAGCCCCGCCGUUAUGCCACAGAUGAGUCUCAGGUGGCAUUUGUGAUCACCCUCCUUAAAGGAAGGGCUCAUGAUUGGGCAACUGCAGUGUGGGAUGCUAGCGCUCCUUUCUGUGCCACUUUCCUGGAGUUCCGUGCCGAAAUGAUCCUCCUGGACCUUGGAUGA